AUGAAAUUUUUUAACUAUAAUUUUUUAUUUGUUUCGUCUUUUACGUUGGAAUUUGGAGUGGCAGUCUUAACAGCAGUGUUUACGAUUUUAACAUUGGCCGUAGUUGUGGUGAAUGUGUCCGAGUUAUCGAAGAAUCUAAUUGUUUUGGGAUCUAUAUUCGGACUGCUACUUACUUGGGGAAUAGCGUUUGCUGGAGCUUUAUUGAGAUCAAGAAAAUUGAUAGCAUUGUCAAUUGUUAUUUGGACCAUUUUCAUUAUUGAAUGGCUAGUUUUAUCGUUAUACUUUAAAGUACUCAUGCAUGAUAUCAAAUACUGUGUAGCACCGAAAACGAGUUGUGCAACAUCCAUGUGGCUUAUUGACAGUGGAGAAGCUUGUUCAGAUAGUUCAGUUAGUUCAGAUGAGGAUGACAAGAAAAACGAAACAGACAGUGAUACAGAAUUAGACUCAGAUUCAGAUUCCAGUAGAAGACUAUGGUCGAUAAAUGACUCUCCCGAAGUAACUGUUAAAAUUUUUCACCCGGUGAGGACGAAUACAGUCCCAGACACUGUCGCUACUACUCCAGCUGCUGCUGAUACCGUGAUUUCAAAUCAAACGAGUAUGAUUUCCAAUGUCAGCAGUGGGUGUGGGUGUGAACGUCACUCGCAGACUACGACUGAAAGCCCACCGAGCGAUUUGAUUACGCGCGUCAUAGAGUACCGAAAAAAUAUGACGAUGUAUCGUCAACCUUCGGAGGCGGCGAUUCGACAGCGAAAGAAUAAAGAUGAGAAAAAAUAUAAGGCAUCAUAUGAGGAAUAUGAUGGAGAUUACACAAGUAAAGAACGCCAUAAAAAAAAAGGUCAUAGUCGUAAAAUCAAUAGCGACGGCGAUGACAACGACGAUGAUGACGAUGACGACGAUGAUGACGACGAUGGCGACAAAGACAAAGACAAAAGCAAGGACGACGAAACGAUAGAAAAAGGUGUAAACAAACCUGGCAACACCGCUGAAAAUAAUUUAAUAGACUUGUUGGUUAUGGCAUGUUUUUUACUGUUGUACGUGUAUGCGUUGUAUGUACUAUUAUCCUACCACAAUGAACUGAAAUUAAUGAAGAAUUGUAAAUGUACAUUUCUUACAUAA